AUGCUGGACACGAUGGAGGCGCCUGGCCACUCGAGGCAGCUGCUGCUGCAGCUCAACAGCCAGCGCACCAAGGGCUUCUUAUGCGACGUGAUCAUCGUGGUGCAGAACGCCCUCUUCCGCGCGCACAAGAAUGUGCUCGCGGCCAGCAGCGCCUACCUCAAGAGUCUGGUGGUGCAUGACAACCUGCUCAAUCUGGACCAUGACAUGGUGAGCCCGGCAGUGUUCCGCCUGGUGCUGGACUUCAUCUACACCGGUCGUCUGGCUGAUGGAGCAGAGGCCGCAGCUGCCGCGGCGGUGGCCCCGGGGGCCGAGCCGAGCUUGGGCGCUGUCCUGGCCGCCGCCAGCUACCUGCAAAUUCCGGACCUCGUCGCACUGUGCAAGAAGCGCCUCAAGCGCCACGGCAAGUACUGCCACCUGCGGGGUGGCGGCGGCGGGGGCGGCGGCUACGCUCCCUACGGCCGGCCGGGCCGGGGGUUGCGUGCCGCUACACCCGUCAUCCAGACCUGCUACUCGUCCCCAGCCGGGCCUCCGCCGCCGGCUGUCGCCGAGCCGCCGUCGGGCCCCGAUGCCGCGGUGAACACGCACUGCGCCGAGCUGUAUGCUGGCCCGAGCCCCGCCGCUGCCCUCUGCGCCCCGGAGCGACGCUGCUCCCCUCUCUGUGGUCUGGACCUGUCCAAGAAAAGCCCGCCCGGCUCUGUGCCUCCUGAGCGGCCUCCCGGAGACCGAGAACUGCCCCCGCGCCCUGACAGCCCUCCCAGCGUCGGCCCCAUUGUCUACAAGGAACCGCCGCUCGCCCUGCCACCCCUGCCGCCGCUGCCCUUCCAGAAGCUGGAAGAGGUCGUGCCGCCUCCCGACCCUUUUCGGAGCGGCAGCGGCAGCCCAGGACCCGAGCCCCCGGGCCGCCCCGACGGGCCCAGCCUCCUGUACCGCUGGAUGAAGCACGAGCCGGGACUGGGCAGCUACGGCGAUGAGUUGGUGCGGGAGCGCGGGUCCCCUGGGGAGCGCUGCGACGAGCGCGGAGGAGACCCGUCCUCACCUGGGGGGCCGCCGCUGGGCCUGGGGCCUCCGCCACGCUACCCAGGCAGCCUGGACGGGCCUGGUGCCGGGGGCGACGGCGACGACUACAAGAGCAGCAGCGAGGAGACGGGCAGCAGCGAGGACCCCAGUCCGCCCGGCGGCCACCUCGAAGGCUACCCAUGCCCACACCUGGCUUACGGCGAGCCCGAGAGCUUCGGGGACAACCUGUACGUGUGCAUCCCGUGCGGCAAGGGCUUCCCCAGCUCCGAGCAGCUGAAUGCACAUGUGGAAGCUCACGUGGAGGAGGAGGAGGCCCUGUAUGGCCGGGCUGAAGCAGGCGACGUGGCCGCGGGGGCCGCCGGCCUAGGGCCCCCUUUUGGAAGCAGCGGGGACAAGGUCCCUGGGGCUCCUGGUGGCCUGGGCGAGCUGCUGCGGCCCUACCGCUGCGCGUCGUGCGACAAGAGCUACAAGGACCCCGCCACACUGCGGCAGCACGAGAAGACGCACUGGUUGACCCGACCCUACCCGUGCACCAUCUGCGGGAAGAAGUUCACGCAGCGCGGGACCAUGACACGCCACAUGCGCAGCCACCUGGGCCUCAAGCCCUUUGCGUGCGAUGCCUGCGGCAUGCGCUUCACGCGCCAGUAUCGCCUCACUGAGCACAUGCGAAUCCACUCGGGCGAGAAGCCCUACGAGUGCCAGGUCUGCGGCGGCAAGUUCGCUCAGCAACGCAACCUCAUCAGCCACAUGAAGAUGCAUGCCGUGGGUGGCGCACCGGCCGGUGCACUGGCGGGCCUGGGCGGCCUUCCUGGCGUCCCUGGCCCAGACGGCAAGGGCAAGCUCGACUUCCCCGAGGGCGUCUUCGCCGUGGCCCGCCUGACUGCUGAACAGCUGAGCCUGAAGCAGCAGGACAAGGCGGCAGCCGCCGAGCUGCUGGCACAGACCACGCACUUCCUGCACGACCCCAAGAUGGCGCUAGAGAGCCUCUACCCGCUGGCCAAGUUCACCGCGGAGUUGGGCCUCAGCCCGGACAAGGCGGCCGAGGUGCUGAGCCAGGGAGCUCACCUGGCGGCCGGACCCGACGGCCGGACCAUCGACCGUUUCUCUCCCACCUAGAGCACCCCUCUCCGGCCCACCUCCGCGCCGCCUGCGCCAUGGCCUGGGUCCGCCUCUGCGGCAGCAAGUGGUGCUGCAUCUAGACAACUGUAGCAGCAGCAGC